CUGCCAGACACCACCUUAUUACCUUAAAUUCAGCCGACAAUUAUUCCUUAAUUACUCCGACAAUGGAUCAAAGAUCCUCUUCCCACGUUCUCAUCUUCCCUUUCCCAGUUCAAGGUCACGUCAACUGCAUGCUCCGCCUCGCCGAGCUUCUCUGCCAUGAAUCCUCCAUCCACGUCACUUUUCUCAAUUCCGAGUUUGCCCAUCAACGCCUCCUCCGUUACACCGAUCUUCACCUCCGUUUCUCAAGCUACCCCAACUUCUAUUUCAGAACCAUCUCCGACGGCCUCCCGGCCGACCACCCCAGGACCGGCGACCGGGUCGUCGACCUUUUUAACUCCAUCAACGCCGUCACCAAGCCGCGGUUCCGGGAAAUGCUGUCCUCCGGGAGCCUCCAGUCCUCCGGCCGCCCGCCUGUCACGUGCAUAAUUGCCGACGGGAUCAUGUGCUUCGCCAUUGACGUUGGAAAUGAGCUCCGUAUUCCGACCAUUUUGUUCCGUACGUUCAGCGCUAGCUGUUUUUGGGCGUUUUUCUGUGUCCCUAAGCUCAUUGAAUCCGGUGAUCUUCCAUUAAACGGAGAAAGUGACAUGGACAAACUGCUAGAAAAUGUGGAGGGGAUGGAGAAUGUUCUUAGGCUACGUGACCUUCCGAGCUUCUGCCGGACGACCGAUCUGUCGGAUCGCGGGUUUCUGUCGGUGAUUUUAGCGACCCUUCGGACCACAAGAGCCAACGGCCUUAUACUCAACACCUUCGAAGACCUGGAAGAAUCUGCGUUGGCGCAAAUCCGCAAACACAUCCCAAAUCUAUACACGAUUGGCCCCCUCCAUGCCCACCUGAGAGCUAGGGUUUCAAGCUCCAGAGGAGAGCUGCCAUGGCGAUCCUCAAGCAGCCUGUGGGAAGAAGACCGGAGCUGCAUGGCGUGGCUGGACGAACAACCGUUAAAAUCCGUUGUCUAUGUUAGCUUCGGAAGCAUGACGGUGUUGACAAGGAACCAGUUCUUGGAGUUCUGGCACGGGAUAGUUAACAGCGGGAAGGCGUUCUUGUGGGCGAUCCGGCCAAACUCCGUCAUCGGAGACGACAACAUCCCGGCGGAGCUGAUCGAGGGGACCCGGAAGAAAGGGUACAUGGUGGGGUGGGCUCCCCAGGAGGAAGUCCUGGUCCACCCUGCUGUCGGGGGAUUCCUGACCCACAGCGGUUGGAACUCGACCCUCGAGAGCAUCUGCGAGGGCCUGCCGAUGAUCUGCUGGCCGUUCUACGCGGACCAGCAGGUCAAUAGCCGGCUGGUGGGGGCGGUGUGGAAGAACGGAGUGGACAUGAAAGAUACGUGCGACAGAAUCACGGUGGAGAAGAUGGUGAAGGAGUUAAUGGAGGUGAGAAGAGAUGAGUUCACGAAAUGCUCGAACCGGAUGGCGAAGUUGGCUAGGAAAGCCGUCACGCAACAUGGAUCUUCCUACAGUAACUUGGACCGAUUGGUUGAGGAUUUAAAGAAGAUGAAGCUGCAACUCUAAUAUAUACACUUCCUUAGCUUGUGGUGUUUUAAUUCAUUUGCUUUUGAAUGUUAUGCUGAUUUUAAUAACUUUUUUUUCUAUAGUUAUUUCAUAGCAUUAUAUUUGUUAAUAUGCAACUGAAAGGAUGACACUUUGUUGUA